AUGUGGCGAACCACUUGCAUAUCGGGAAAGUCCUCCAAUGAUAACAGCGUUUCCGUAAAUAGUGUCUUGCCGGUGCCAAACGCGGCUUGGAUUGCUACGAGCGGAAUGCGACUUGCGCCUACUCGGAUGGCGUCUCGCUGGUCGGGGGUCAAUGUCAGAGUACGUUGAUUGACUCUGAAUGAGCGAGCCUCCGGUUGACGUCGGCUAGAUCCGCUGCGACGUAGCUUAGGUGGUGGGGCUGGUGAAUGGUCUCUUUCCUCUUUUACCUCCAUAGGGUGUGGGGGAGAAAGGUGAGCUACUGCCAGCUGUUCCAGAGAGGCUGUCAUGUUCGCGAGCGAUGACUUACUAGGCUGCUGGGGCUGAGCUUUCCCGGCUGGCUGCUCUACGGUGGAGGAGCUAGACUGGCUGCUCGGAGUAGGUGAGCGACGCGAGCACGACUGUAAGGACACGGGAGCUCCCCAUCGAACCUGUAAAACUGGGGGCUUCUGGUUCUGAGAGGAUACCGUAUCUUUGUCCUGAGAACUGGAACCUUGUGCCUCAGGCACCGGUUCGGAUGUAUCCAUAGCGGAAACCUCCUCGGUCGAAACCUCGGAGAGAAUAUUUGUUGAUUCGGCUGCUACGCAACCAUUGUCUACUUCGUCGGUCGACUCGCGACGCGACGACAUACUGUUGGUAUCGUCCGCUACGCGGCUCAGCAAUUAA